GUCAUAGUUUUGACAAUGACUCGUUCAAAGCAAAAUACCAAAUAUGUGAUACUUUAAACUAUUGAAUAUACAAGAAUAUUCAAAAUUAAAAUUUCUAGUGCAAAUUACACCAUGAUUAAAAUUUUCCGUCAAAUAUUGAAGUUACUUCCGUCGAUCCAUUCACGAAGAUACUAUAGUCCAUCAGCUAAUUUUGUCAAAAGGAAAUUUAUAGUAGGAGGAAAUUGGAAAAUGAACGGAAACAGAAAGCAAAUAAUGGAAAUCAUGAAAUUCUUGGAUAAAUGUCCAAGAGACUGUAGUACUGAUGUAGUUGUAGCUGUUCCAUCUGUUUAUUUAGAUUUUGUACAAUGUCAUAUUCCUGCUCACAUUCACGUUGCUGCCCAGAACUGUUACAAAGGAGAAAAGGGAGCAUUCACUGGGGAAAUCUCACCACCAAUGCUCAUGGACAUCGGAGUCAAAUGGGUGAUUUUGGGUCACUCGGAAAGAAGAAUUGUUUUCAAGGAAAGCGAUGAAUUGGUGGCUGAAAAGGUCGACAGUGCUCAUAAACAUGGUCUGAAAAUAAUUGCGUGCAUUGGUGAAACUUUGGAGGAACGUAAACGCUGCAAAACCGAGGAGGUGGUUACGAGGCAGUUGGGUGUGAUAGCCAGUACAUUCAAAGGCGAUUGGGCAGAUAUAGUGCUGGCUUAUGAACCAGUUUGGGCCAUCGGCACGGGACAAACAGCCACACCGGAUCAAGCCCAGGAAGUCCAUAAAACUAUUAGAUGCUAUAUUAAAAAAGCCGUCAGUAGCGAUGUGGCUGAAAAUAUAAGGAUCCAGUAUGGAGGAUCUGUGACAGCUGACAAUUGUAGAGAAUUAGCAUCCCAACCAGACAUAGAUGGAUUCUUGGUGGGAGGAGCUUCCCUAAAACCCGAUUUUGUUAAAAUUGUUAACGCCAGAAAAAACAAUUGUAUUCUUGCUUAAUAGACGAUACUUUAAGAACUAGA